AUGUAUCCUUUGGAAAGAUAUUCCAACCAUGAACACGAUCAUGAACAGACCAUAGAAGAUCCAAAAACACGCAAACUUCCAGGAACAUGCAGUAGUGUGUUUUUGGUUCUUGUAGCAGCCCUUGAGAGUGUGCUCACCAGUGGAGUUGUGUUCGGAUGGGCCCCGCUUCAAAUUAUGCUGCAGGAGGAGGGAGUCUACGCUUACAAGUGCCAAACUAAGUUUCCCUGUGAGGAGCAGGCUGUCCAGCUGCAAAUGAUGUACACGCUCGCGACCAGCGCCUUUUGCUUCUGCGUCUGGCCAACGGGACUGGUUCUCGACUCUCUCGGUCCUCGAAUCUGCUGCAUGAUGGGAGCGCUGUUGUUUGGCGCAGGCUGCUUCAUCUUCGCCAUCUCGACUUCUGCCAUGGACUUGUUCAUGCUCGGGUACAUUCUUAUGGCUGUUGGCGGGUUGCCCAUUGUGCUGUCCAUGAUGCAUCUCGCAAACUUACUUCCCGCCUAUUCGGGGACCAUCAUCACGAUCCUCAACGUGAUGAUUGACGUCUCGUCUCUCAACCUCAAGGUCAUGAAGCUUGUCACCGACCACACGCCCUUCACCAGGAAGGACGCUUUCUCUAUGUACGUUGCUGCUCCUGCAGCUAUCCUCAUCACUGCUCCCUGUUUGUGGCCGCGAGAUCGGUAUGAGGAGCGAGGUGCGACAAAUGCGUCUCAAGUUGCUGCACCGUCGUUGAAGACAUCUUCGUUCUGGAAGCAAGUGCGAAGCGCCGAGUUCCUCAUGUGCGCUUUCUUCACUGCUUUCCACCUGCUGCAUAUCAACUUGUACAUCGGGACUGUCGACGAUCAGCUGCGCAUGAUGUGGUUCACAAACAGUUCGAGUCCCUUUGACGAGAACCUUCGAACCCUCCACCUGUCAGGCUACGCCAAGGCAUUGCACUAUGAAGAGAGUCUACAACCGUCGCAGAAUGUCGUUCAGUCCCUCUGCAGCUUGUUCGCUUGGAUCCUUCCACUCGGGGGGCUGGUGAUGACUCUUCCUGUCGGCUACACGUUGGAUAACUUCCCUCUGUGGGUCGGCAUCGCUCUUCUCUCUGCUGCAGCUAUCUUGCAUAGCGUGUGCACCCUCAUAGCGAGGACAGAGAUCCAGAUCGUAGGCUUCCUCCUCUUCGCGUACUACCGAGCCGCUCUCUUCGGCACAAUGGCGACAACUGUCGCCUUUACCUUUGGGUAUGACAACUUCGGCAAGCUGUGGGGGACCCUCUACGCAAUCUCCGGCCUCUUCAAUUUCUCCAUUGAGCCGCUAGCCGUCCUUGCACAAAAGCAGGAAACAUUCUAUUGGAUCAACUUGUGCAUCGCAGUUGUCAGCGGGAUUCUCUUCCUUACCUACCCCCCAUGGCUUCGAUGGAAGUCGAAGGACAAAUCUCAAGUGGAAGAACCUCUUCUCGUCCCGGACUUCACACUCGAUGUGAAUCAGUGA